AUGCCCAACAGGGAAGAGCCUGUGAAGCGGGAGGGAUAUACUUACCGCCAGACCAAGGACGAGGUAGAGAUCGAUAUUCCUCUGGCCAGCGGCGUCUCCAAGGGGGACAUCAAAGUGACCAUGAAGCCCAAAUUCAUUUCAGUCCACAUCAACAACAUGCCAGUUGCAAUAGAGGGUCCUCUAUGGGGUCAUGUCGAUACUGACGGUAGCGGCUGGAUGAUUGAUGAGGGUAUUCUGACCAUUACAAUGGAGAAGGAGAAAGUGAACCAGUGGUGGGAAGAUCUUGUUGAUACUAACAAUGAUACUGAAUAA